AUGGCGAAUGAAGAAGUAUAUCAAUACACACCGAUCAAUGCUGAAACCAUUCGCCUCUUUACGAUUGUUACCACAGCCACGAGCAUCUCAUGCCAAGUGCAUCACCAUGCAGUCAAUGACGUUCCUUCAUACUGUGCUCUAUCAUACGUCUGGGGCGAUGAAGAAGCGUCCGAAUGUGUGAAAUGUGAUGGCAGAACAAUCAGAAUCUCGCAAAAUCUAUGCCUUGGUCUUCAAAUGCUUCACAAACAAGUAGGCUCCCAGCUGCUCUGGGUGGACGCAAUCUGCAUCAAUCAAAGUAAUGACCAGGAGAAGGCGGCGCAAGUGCCGCUGAUGAGCCAAAUCUAUGCUCUUGCUCAGAAGGUCUACAUCUGGCUUGGACCGGUCUCCGACAAUAGUGAUCUCGCGAUGAGCUGUCUUGCUUCUCUUAAUGAGACUUUCAGUGUGGUUGAUAAUCUUGAGGCAGUAGAUCGUUCCUCUCUGGCAUCAUACGAUCUACCAACCUUUGAUGAUCCGAUCUGGCCAGCAAUCACCCGACUGUAUUUCAGAAAGUGGUUCACACGGCUCUGGGUUAUGCAGGAAGUUUUGCUGGCAAAGGACAUCUACGUCUUGUGUGGAGAACAAGCGGUCACGUGGCAACAGAUGGUCAAAUUCGCAAAUAACUAUCGGAUCACGAGAAUGGUUGACGAUGUACUACAACAUCAUAAAAUCCCCUACAACAACCCAGAAUUGCCUGACCACGGUUUCUCUGCCGUACCAAUACUCGACAUUCUGAGAGACAUGAUCGAAGAUGGUAGAAUUAUCAACUGUAUGAGUCUGCUAGAAAUGGCUCGUCGCAAGCUUUCGAAGGAGCCGGUCGACAGGGUGUAUGGUGUUUUGGCAAUACUGCCCUCUGAGAUGCGAAAUAAAAUUCGUGUAGACUAUUCACCAACUAACCGCGAGCAAUACUGGCACACAUUUAUUCAACUUUUCACGGCGCUGAUUGAGAGCGAAGGCCCAAGGGCUCUGUCGAUGGUCCCAUCUCGCGGUCGAUGCCUUGAAUUGCCCUCAUGGUGCCCCGACUUUCAGUUUGAGAAUUCAAUGAACUCUUUGGGAAAACAUUACGCAGCUGGCGUCAUGCCUAGCCACAGCGAUAAAGCGGGUCCAUCCUCCAUCAAGAUUGGUCCUGGACCCGGCUCUUUGCAAAUGCGUGGCGUGCUGAUGGAUGGUGUCAAAUCCACCUUUCCGCUAGCAUGGAAAUACAUUGACGCGGCUCAAUACGACCCAAGGAGCGCCGCCAAAGUGGUAGAGUGUGAAGAAGCCUGUCUUCGAUUGUCAAGGCAAAUUUAUGGCGCUCAAGAAGAAGUCCCAGUUCAACAUGUGACAACUCUCGUGGCCGGCAUGACCGUUACGCGGUCCCAUUACUCCAUGGACCAAAUCCGUGCAGACUACAAGCUCGCUACACAACGCUUUCGUGAUUUCUGCAAACAGCCUUCGGAUCAACAGGGGACUCAAAGUAAUGCCAAUCAGAUAGCUUUUGACAGAUAUAAGAGCGCGAUGAAGAUUACCUGGCGGCACACGAACUUCUUUACCACGACGAAUGGUACUAUCGGCGUUGGCUUGGAAACCAUUGAGCCAGGGGAUGACAUCUGCAUUGUCUCGGCUGCGCAUACACCGUUCAUUUUUAGGAAGAAUGUAGGCUGUGAGACGUAUGCUUUUCAUGGUGAGGCGUAUGUCCACGGACUUAUGGACGGGCAGGCUUUCGCUGCUAAAGAUCCUGUGAGCAAUGUACAAGACUUUAUAGUUCAGUAG